UUGUAGUCCUACGUAUUUGAAAUUUCUUCAAGAUUUCGUGGUAUUUCUGUAAACUGUACUAAAAAAUGAAUAACUCACUUCAAUUUGGUGGUAGUCCGUUUAGUAAUAACAAUUCGGAAAUCAUGUGCCGGAUUUGCCAUGAGGGAGAAAGCAAAGAAGAACUUUUCUCUUUCUGCAAAUGCUCAGGAACAGUGGCAAUGGCUCAUCGGUCGUGUCUAGAAAAGUGGCUGUCUACUGCUAACUCGUCAGCAUGUGAAAUAUGCAAAUUCAAUUUUCAAACUUCACGCAGACCAAGGCCUAUUCUUGAUUGGUUUCGUAACACAGACUCAUCCCAAGACACAAACAAUUUGAUUGGCGACUUGGUGUGCUUCAUUGUUCUCAGUCCGCUUACAAUUGUUUCCUGUUAUCUGUGUGUCGUUGGGGCUUCCCAUUACAUGGUGAAGAGAGGUGUCAGUUGGGAAGCCUCAGGUUUGAUUGUUCUUUCAGUUAUUCUGGCGACCGUCUACUGUGUUUGGCUCGGAGCCACCGUCAGGCAUCAUGUUCGCACAAUGAAAAAAUGGCAAGAGAGCCAUCAAUCUGUUGAGUUAAUUUCAGUGAGGAACACAAUUAUUAAUUUGGAAGAAAACAAUAACGAUAGCACGAACAACAGCAUGCGAACCGACUUGCAGUCAAUUUAGUAAUUCUACUUUUACCAAAGGAUCUGCUUUCUGAAAGAUCUCUAAAACCCUUACAAGCCAAACUGUUGAGUCUCAUUGAAAAUGCCUUUCUACCUUGUUCAGAUUUUAUUGUGGAUUUUAUUUUGAUAAUACUCGAGUUUGCUAGAUGUUCAUAUUUUUGUAAUUUCCCCACAUGCCAGUUGUGAUACUGUAAAUACUCCAGGAAAGUAUUGGAUCACUAUUUGUUCAUUUUUGUAUUGAUUAAAAAAAUGAUUUACACGCGUUCCUUGAAAGAUGAAAAUAAAUAACUUAAAAGCAAA